CAGAUCAGUCUCCAACCUACAUAAAUAUUUCCCCUGUUGCAUAAAUAUUUGCUACAUACAUAAAUGGGCUCGUCAUCAAAAAAGUUACACUUCACCCUGUUGCUGGGAGUUGUCUUUAUGGCUACUUUAUUUUCAGUAGAGGGCGCUGUAAUCGACCCAUUCAAUCAUGGGGACCAAGCCAUCGUGCAACUCGGUGUUAUUUCGCCCCUGCCGAGAUCUUGUGCCUUUAGUAAGAUUCUGCUUAUUCUGUAGCAAAGGCGAAACUGCAACCCUCGUCAAGAUGGAAGUAACUAGCUGCACAAGUCAACCAUGCCUGAUGAAUGUCUCAAAUACGUAUGAGAUGUCACCAACUUUCAUACCAGGAUAUAGCUCCAACACCACGCAAUAUCAGCUUCGUUUUUAUUACGAAAGUAAGUUAUACAUCUUUGCCCUUAUUUCGCUCACGGACUCUUUCAUCGCUGGCAGCCAGUACAAAAUAUUGCGACAGAUUGUGAUUCCUAGUGAACUUGGAGGGAAGUCUGGUUAUUUCCGGGUGGUACUAUUUGACUUAUCAGGUCGAUAUCACGUUAGCCGUUGUUUCGACGCUAUGGUAGGCAACUGAUAGGUACAUUUAUGAAUUUUUCUUUCGCACUGGAUGCAUUCGAACCAGCUAAUUAAUUCUAAACACAAAUUCCAUUUUGUUUUCAAUACCUCUAGAAAUUUGUAAACAAAUAAUAAAUGUAUGUAUUUUACAUAAGUACUUCAUCGUUGUAUUGAUUCUACCAUUUAUUAAUGUUUAAAUAAAUUAUAUCACGAUAAUGACAAAACAUCAAUUAGAAAUAAAUUAUUAAAUACCAGACGUGUUUGUGCAGCAAAUCCAAAAAUUAUAUUUUUUAUAACUUUCCGUUUCUUUGAUGAUUAAUUACUCACCCGACACGAGUGGGAAAUGAAACGGUAUAAGAUAUUUUCACAAUUUAUGGGGCUUCCUUCAAU